GGGGUAGUAAUAAAGGAGAGAAAAAAUCAGGUCGAAAAAGAAAGCCAGCGGAGAGAAGGCUCCUCUCGGCUCUCUCGGCCGCCAUGGAUCCCACUCGAGCUUUCGUCAAAGACGUCAGGCGCAUUAUAAUCAAGGUGGGGACUGCUGUUGUCACUAGAACUGAUGGGAGACUGGCUCUGGGAAGACUUGGAGCUCUUUGUGAACAGGUUAAAGAACUGAUCUCUCAAGGCUUCGAGGUUAUUUUGGUUACUUCAGGUGCAGUGGGCGUUGGCCGGCAAAGGCUUAGAUACAGGAGACUGCUCAACAGCAGCUUUGCUGAUCUCCAAAAACCACAAUUAGAGCUGGAUGGAAAGGCUUGUGCUGCUGCUGGUCAGAGUGGCCUAAUGGCUCUAUAUGAUUGCUUAUUUAGUCAGCUAGAUGUGACAUCAUCUGAACUUCUUGUGACUGAUAGUGAUUUUAAGAAUCCAGAUUUUAGGAUGCAGCUUUCUCAAACUGUGAAUUCAUUGUUAGAUCUUAGAGUUAUUCCCAUUUUCAACGAAAAUGAUGCAAUCAGCACUAGGAAAGCUCCAUAUGAGGAUUCUUCUGGUAUCUUUUGGGAUAAUGACAGUUUAGCAGCCUUAUUGGCCUUGGAGUUAAAAGCUGAUCUUCUUGUUCUGCUUAGUGAUGUGGAGGGUCUAUAUAGUGCUCCACCUGGUGAACCUCAUUCAAAGAUAAUACAUACAUACAUAAAAGAAAGGCACCAGGGUGAGAUUACUUUCGGAGACAAGUCUAGGGUGGGAAGAGGUGGCAUGACUGCUAAAGUAAAGGCUGCAGUUUAUGCUGCGUCUGCAGGCACCCCUGUUGUAAUCACUAGUGGUUUCGCCACUGAUAGCAUUGUGAAAGUACUUCAAGGGGAGAGAAUUGGUACUCUAUUUCAUCAGGAUGCACAUUUGUGGGAAUUGCCCAAAGAAGUUGGUGCACGUGAGAUGGCAGUUUCAGCAAGGGAAUGUUCCAGGCGACUUCAGAGCAUAUCAUCAGAGGACCGCAGGAAGAUUUUGCUGGACAUUGCUGAUGCUCUAGAGGCAAAUGAGAAAUUAAUUAGAAUUGAAAAUGAAGCUGAUGUUGCUGCUGCACAGCAGACUGGUUAUGAGAAGUCAUUGAUUUCUAGAUUGACUUUGAAGCCAGGAAAGAUAUUAAGCCUUUCGAAGUCCAUCCGUAUACUGGCAGAGAUGGAUGACCCAAUAGGCCAUGUCUUAAAAAGGACAGAGCUUGCAGAUGGGCUAGUCUUAGAAAAGACAUCAAGCCCCCUGGGUGUUAUCCUUAUUGUUUUUGAGUCACGACCUGAUGCCUUGGUUCAGAUUGCAUCUUUAGCAGUUCGGAGCGGGAAUGGUCUUCUUCUGAAAGGUGGAAAGGAAGCCAUGAGAUCUAAUGCAAUCUUGCAUAAGGUUAUUACUGGAGCUAUUCCAGAUACAGUAGGCGAGAAGCUUAUUGGGCUUGUCACAUCAAGAGAUGAGAUUCCUGAUUUGCUAAAGCUUGAUGAUGUCAUUGAUCUCGUCAUUCCAAGAGGUAGCAAUAAGCUUGUAGCACAAAUCAAGGAUUCUACUAAGAUUCCCGUUCUUGGUCAUGCUGAUGGCAUUUGUCAUGUUUAUAUUGACAAAUCGGCUGACAUGGAUAUGGCAAAGUGCAUUGUAUUGGACGCCAAGAUAGAUUAUCCUGCAGCCUGUAAUGCUAUGGAAACACUUCUCAUACACAAGGAUCUCUUGAAUAGUGAGGUGCUAAAUGAUUUAAUGGUAGAACUCAAACAUGAAGGGGUUACUCUUUAUGGAGGACCUAGAGCAAGCAUCGAAUUCAAUAUUCCACGGGCACAUUCAUUUCAUCAUGAAUAUAACUCGAUGGCUUGCACUAUUGAAAUCGUCGAUGAUGUACAUGCUGCAAUUGACCAUAUACAUCGCCAUGGAAGUGCACAUACUGAUUGUAUAGUUGCAAAGAAUCUUGAUGUUGCAGAGACUUUUCUUCAUCAAGUUGACAGUGCAGCUGUUUUUCACAAUGCAAGCACCCGAUUUUGUGAUGGGGCUCGUUUUGGUCUUGGUGCUGAGGUUGGUAUAAGUACAAGUAGGAUACAUGCUCGAGGCCCUGUUGGUGUUGAAGGACUUCUAACCACCCGAUGGAUUCUAAGAGGAAGCGGGCAAGUGGUGGAUGGAGAUAAAGAGGUGGUCUACACCCACAAGAAUCUUCCACUUUAUUAAGCCUCAAUCAUCUCUUUCAUAUGAUGUAAUUUUUUUUUAUUGAAUUUAUAUAUUUUAACAUAUUUUGCUUUGAUUUUGUCAAAUUAAAAUUUUGUGAAACAUGAUGAAUAAAGAAUGUGACCCUUGAUAGGGCUAAAUGAUGGAGCAGGACUUACAGGAGCUGGUGAGACAAGUGUUAUUGGAUUUGUUGUAGAGGUGAUUUUUCACAAUGGCAAGAGUUUCCUAAUUUGUGUGUGCAGUAAUUGUAGAAAUUAUAUCAAAUAAGACAUGCACUUGCUUUAUCACAGCACAACAGAUUAGAAAGAAAAUUAAUUCCUUCAGUGUAGAAGCUCCGAGUGAAUAAAAAACUACAUAAUGA